GCCAGUCGUUGUCCCCUGCAACGACCUAGUCCAUUUGCCCACCCAAUUUACCCGUCGACUAUCCUUGCAGGCCGGGCUGCAUCGACGAUACGGUAUAUCUCCGAAUAUCGCCAUGCUCAACCAUGUCAACGAAGCUACUGCAUCGCCCGAGUGGCGAAAGGACGAUCUUACUGCUAUUUUUGCCUUAGACUGCGCUUCCGCCUCACCUAACAUCAUGCAACGCAUGCAAGACCGACGACCAGCCCCGCCACAUUGUGUCCCACCUUUUAUUGCUCGAAAGAGAAUGGAGACGUUGUAGAGACUGCCAUGUGUGGCCACUUGGCAGCGCCCUCCUUCGAGAAUGCGAGGCGUUCCAGGCGAAAACUGUUGGCAUGCAUGAGUGACACCAGUCGGAUAGCGUUAUCAAUUGAUGUAUCGCUGAAGGUACAAUAACUACAUACGGGCGCAGUUCAACUCAACUGCAUCGUACAAAUGGGUGCUUCAGGACGUACAACCUGGACAAAACUUCAAACCUCCGUCUCGAAGACAUUGUCCGACAUGUUCCUGCACUAGUUCGGUAGUUAACUGCGAGUGGUGACGGCACCAACGAUGUGGAUGUUCUCGUAAGCCUAUAG